CCUCCCUUGGGGCUUAAAAACCACAGUGUGUGGGCAGGACGCACCUUCGAUCAGCGGGGAGCCCGGGAGACCUGAAUAUGGACUCCCUGAAUUACAGCACCCCUGACUAUGCUGAUUAUGGCUGGACCGUGGACCCGUACUUGCCAGUGGACAAGUCUUCUAGAAUCCCCGCCCUGUCUGCUCCGAAUGUGACUGCCCUGGUAAUCUUAGCGGUGGUCUUCCUGGUGGGCGUCCCGGGCAACAGCCUGGUGGUGUGGGUGACCGGCUUCGAGGUCCGGCGAAACAUCAACGCCAUCUGGUUUCUCAACCUGGCGGUGGCCGACCUCCUCUCCUGCCUGGCGCUGCCCAUCUUGUUCACAUCCAUCGUCCAGCACGGCCACUGGCCCUAUGGCGAGACGGCCUGCCGCGUCCUGCCCUCCCUCAUCCUGCUCAACAUGUACGCCAGCAUCUUGCUCCUGGCCACCAUCAGCGCCGACCGCUUCCUGCUGGUGUUUAACCCCGUCUGGUGCCAGAACUACCGAGGGGCCCGCUUGGCCUGGGCGGCCUGCGGCGUGGCCUGGGGCUUGGCCCUCUUGCUGACCAUCCCGUCCUUCAUGUAUCGUGUGGUGCGCGUGGAGGCCUUUCCGUUCAAGAUGGAGUGCGGCGUGAGCUACGGGAGAGACAGUGUCGUCACCGAGAGGGUCGUGGCCAUCCUGCGGCUGGUGGUGGGCUUCCUGUGGCCGCUGGUCACGCUCGGAAUCUGUUACACGUUCCUCCUGAUUCGGACGUGGAGCCGCAGCGCCACGCGCUCCGCCAAGACGGUCAAGGUGGUGGCGGCGGUGGUGACCAGCUUCUUUGUGUUCUGGCUGCCCUACCAGGUGACGGGGAUGAUGCUGGCCCUGUCCAAACCGCGCUCGAGAAUCUUCAAGAGCGCGUCGGCUCUGGACGCCCUGUGCGUCGCCUUCGCUUACGUCAACUGCUGCAUAAACCCCGUCAUCUACGUGGCGGCGGCUCGGGGCUUCCACGCCCGCUUCCUCAAGUCCCUCCCCGCCAGGCUCCGGAACGUGUUGACCGAGGAGUCCGUGUCCCGGGACAGCAAGUCCUACACCCUCUCCACGGCGGACACCCCAGCCCAGAAGAGCCAGGCGGUGUGAGGGGCGCGCUCCCGGCCGCCCUCUGCUCGGCGCCCCCACCUUCCCACCGGUGCGGUUUCUCUGGGCUCAUGGUAACCGUGACCUUGGUGAAACCGUAGUACCCCCCCCUCCCCCCGCCAAACAGCUCUCUGUCUGCGCGUGCGCGUGCGCGUGCGCGUGCAGCUUGUGACUAGGACACAUUGGAUACACAGAAGACAGAUGGGAAGGUCGUAACCUUUGCAGAAGAGUGAAGGGCGCCUGCGCGGCUCAGUCGCUUGAGCGUCCGACUUCCGCUCAGGUUCACGAGCUCCCGGUUCGUGAGUUCGAGCCCCACGCCGGGCUCCGUGUUGACGGCUGGGAGCCUGGAGGCCGCUUCUCUCUCUCUCUCUCUCUCUCUCUCUGCCCCUCUACCUGCUCAUGCUCUGUGUGUGUGUCUCUCUCUCAAAAAUAAAUAAACAUAAAAAAAAAACUUAUAAAAAAUAGUGAGGUAUUUAUAUCACUGGAGAGCUGGAACAAAAUGUAACAAGCGUCUCAAAAGGCAUUCUUGCUCGUUGAUACGCGGGCGAAGCUUUUCUAAGCGGGUGGGUCUAGGGGCGCCUGGGCGGCUCAGCGGGUUGAGCGCUGACUUCCGGCUCAGGUCAUGAUCUCGUGGUUCGUGAGUUCGAGCCCCGAGUCGGGCUCUGGGCGGACAGUUCGGAGCCUGGAGCCUGCUUCCGAUUCGGUGUCUCCCUCUCUCCGUGCCCCUCCCCUGCUCACGCUCUUUCCCUCUCCCCCCCCCCCCCCAUAAAAUAAACAUAAAAAAGCCCAACUAAGUGUGUCGAUUUAAAGUACAGUAGGUUAGGGGCGCCUGGGUGGCGCAGUCGGUUAAGCGUCCGACUUCAGCCAGGUCACGAUCUCGCGGUCCGUGAGUUCGAGCCCUGCGUCGGGCUCUGGGCUGAUGGCUCAGAGCCUGGAGCC